UCUGUAAAACGCGGGGUUUAGGCAGCAGGAUGCCUGAGGUAAUCUCUGUCCAGGACUUCAUCUCCCAGACCCAAGAGGAUCUGAACUCUCCAACCACCUCCUCCUUCACCAGCCACAUGGGCAAAUGCAGGAGCACUGUUUGCAGCCUAGAGGAGGCUUUGGAUUCAGAUCGAACUGUUCUGCAAAAAAUGAGGAAAGCAGUGAAAGCAGAGCACACAGCUGGACAAGAUCUCAUUAGCCAUUUAGAAACUCGUAUUGUUGCCCAGGAGAGGUUUUCAGGGAACUGUCUCAGAAACAAUGAUGAAAAGUUGGCUGAAGCCUUUAUCACCUCUGCUUCAUUCUCACGGGAGCUGCUGGAUGCUGUCAAGAGCCUGUUGCUGAGCCUGUAUCACAACAUUCACUUUUCCCUGGACUCGCUAGUCAAGGGAGACUUUAAAGGGGACUUUAAAAAGCCUUUUGAGAAAGCCUGCAAAGAUUAUGACAGCAAACUUGCAAAGAUAGAGAAAGAAAAACGGGAACUGGCAAAACAGUAUGGGAUGGUGCGAACGGAGGUUGCGGGAGGGGAGAUUGCCGAGGAGGUGGAGAAGGAACGAAGGAUGUUCCAAUUACACAUGUGUGAGUAUCUAAUUAAACUGAAUGAGAUCAAAACCAAGAAAGGAGUUGACUUGCUGCAGAACAACAUCAAUCACUGCAACUCCCAGUUCAAUUUUUUCCAGGCAUGUUUAAAGGCAACAGAAAAGCACAAACAGUUUAUAGAGAAUCUUACUCCUGAGCUUCAGAGUAUUAAAGCAAAGCAGGAGGAGGAGAAGAAGCAGCUGUGCUCCCUUCGUGAUCAGCUGAAAGCAGCGCUGCAGCUGGAACCAAAAGAGGAUUCUGUUAGCAAGCCACUGAGGUACAGCAUGCACCAGUUGCAGGGAAAUAAGCGAUAUGGCACAGAGAGAUCUGGAAGCCUCUUUAAGAAAAGUGAUGGCUUAAGAAAGGUCUGGCAGAAGAGGAAGUGCACAGUCAAGAAUGGCUACCUGACCAUCUCACACAGCACGCUAAAUCGCCCUCCGGUCAAGCUGAAUUUGCUUACUUGCCAAGUGAAGCUAAAUGUGGAUGACAAGAAGUGCUUUGAUCUUAUUUCACAUAAUAGGACAUACCACUUUCUGGCAGAGGAUGAGCAGGAGUGUACCAUAUGGGUCUCUGUCCUCAGCAAUAGUAAAGAAGAGGCCCUGAACGUGGCAUUCAAACAAGCACAAGGCAGGGAGGGGUGCAGCAUGGCGGACCUGACUGGAACUAUCAUCGAGGAGAUAAAGCAUAUGCCAGGAAACAGCAUGUGCUGUGACUGCUCAGCAUCAGACCCAGCUUGGCUCUCCAUUAAUUUGGGAAUCCUGAUCUGCAUUGAAUGCUCCGGCAUUCACCGAGAGAUGGGUGUUCAUCACUCCCGUAUCCAGUCACUAGCCUUGGACAAGCUGGCAACCUCAGAGCUUCUGUUGGCUAAAAAUAUUGGAAACUCACAAUUUAAUGACAUUGUUGAAGCCAAUCUGCCCAGCGCAUCACUGAAGCCUUCCACGGACAGUGCAAUGACUUUUCGGAAGGAUUUCAUCAUUUCCAAGUAUGUUGAUAGGAAAUAUGUUGCUCAGAGAACAUGGGGGAGCCCAGCUGCCAGGCUCAAGGACCUGCAGGAUGCUGUCAAAGAGAAGGAUAUAUUUAUCUUGCUUCAGGCAUAUGCUGACAAGUUGGAUUUAAGUGAGCCCCUUCUGGAGUAUAGGCAGGAGCCAGGAGAGACACUUCUGCAUCUGGCAGUUCUAGUAUGUGACCGAACAUCUUUACAUAUUGUAGAUUUUUUGGUGCAGAAUAGUGGGAACCUGGUGAGGCAGACCUCCAAGGGAAACACCCCGCUUCACUACUGCAGCCUUUACAAUAAACCUGAAUGCAUAAAACUCCUUCUGCGAGCCAGAGCCAACAUUGCAAUCACUAAUGAAGCUGGAGAGACAGCCCUUGAUAUUGCUAGGCAGAUGAAUCAUGACAUGUGUGACAAUCUGCUUUUGCGGGCUCAAAAUGAUCAGUUCAACAUGCGUGCUCAUGUUGAAUAUGAGUGGCGACUAGGCCAAGCGGAUAUGUUUGAAAGUGAUGAUGAUCUGGAUGAGAAGCUUAGUCCUGUAAAAAAAGAUCGCUUUCAUCGUCCUCAAAGCUGCUACAAUCUGCCUGGAGCAGCCUCUCAGUCAUGGAGAAAUCCAGCUGACUAUUCAAAGGGAGCUAGUCCAGUAUUCCAAGAGAAACACCAUGAUGUAUAUGCUGUACCACAUGCUUCUGCCCCUAGAUCUGCUGUGACAACAUCCUCCCCUGCCACUGCUUGUACAGGCCCACCGCUACCACCACGCAACAUACCAAAAGCUCCCAGCUUCCCUCCUCCACUGCCCCCAUCCAGCUGGUCAGUCUUUCCUGCAGACACAGCACCUAAGAAGAUCUUGCCUCCACCUCUGACAAUUCGACAUAAGCGAACCUCCUCAGAGCCUUCACCCAGCACACCACUGAACCAUACUAGCCCAGCUGAAGACUCUAGAUCUUUCUCACUUCCACGACGCUGCUCUCCAGAAGAAGCCUCUCCUAGGAGUUUGAGUUCUGAGUCUUCUGAACUCCCUGAAGUGGCAAAUUCCUGGCAGCAAGCUGGCGUGCAAGAAGUGCACUGUGAACCAAGUCAACAUGCAAGAAAGAAUCACUGGGCUUCUUCCCAUUCACUUGAAUUAUCUGAUGAUGUCCCACCACCACUUCCAAGAAGGGGGAGUUCAAGACACUCCAGUCUGCAUCGAGUCAGAGCCUGUUAUGACUGUCAAGCUGACCAUGAAGAUGAGCUAACCUUCCAGAUGGGAGAGAUAAUCGUAGUAGAAGGACAGGAGGAUUCCAAUUGGACUGGCUCCAGGUUUGAUGGAUCCCUCAGCAAAGUUCCCUGUGGUGGAAGCCCUUCUCUUGUGGCAGGAUUGAAGGGCAGCCUCACAGGAAAGGUGUAUUCCCAGCAUCGUUUGUUUCUAAAUUGCAUGAAUAGAAGAAUGGAUGGAUGAAAGGACAUAUGUGCAAUCUACUGAACAUAUCAUCUUCUCUGCUUUAAGAAGGAGCUCUAAAGAAAGCAUACCCAAGACUUUCAUAGCAUACCUCUCACAUUUAGUAAUCUUCAGUCAACAGUCUGUAGGAUGUCAUACUGGACUAGGAAUCAGGCUCAUUAACACAGAAAUGUUAUCACAGUGUGCAAUCCACAUCCCAUUCAGGUCACUGGUAAAAUGUCAAUUGAUUUGAAUAGAACAGAAUUGUAUCUAAACUGUAAUAUCUGACAAACUCACUGGCCUCUUCCAUGCACAUUCAGAGUGGCACAGGAGCCAUUUCUCAGUGGUGCAAUCCCUCAUUGCUAUGGUAUCUGUAUGAAUACCUGAUGUCCAUGGGUGAAAUCAGUUGUAUGUGUCUUUCCACCUAGAUCGUUGCCCAACCUCACAGCAAAGUGACAGUGGGGGGGGGGAAAGACCCUCUUGAUUGGACCUAUCUAUAUGGUUGCUUCAUUCAUGCACCCUCUGAUAGGGAGUGUACUAGGAAAACAGCUGCCACACUGUGCACAUGUGAAUGGGGUCAAUAUGAUCUAGAUAUUCAGUAUGGAAACCUCCACGUCUUCACUGUUGCUCCCUUUCACUGCCCAGAAAAAUAAGCUGAAGUGCCCCAUGUAUCUUCAACAAUAUGCAGCUUCUUUUGUAACUUAUGUGGUGCUCUUAUUAUUAUAAUAAUAUUAUAAUAAUAAUAUAAUUAUUAUAAUAAUAUGGAGCUCCCUGUGUAAUAUAGAAUCAUAGAAAGGGUUAAAAGGCUAUAAAGCACAACUUCCUGUUCUAGCCCUCAGCCAUCCAAAUAUAAACCAGCAGAAGUUAGAAGGAACAAAGCAAAGUACACCAUAAGAAGAUAUCUGCUGAGCCUAUAGCUCCUGAUGACAGAAACAAAUGGGGCAAGAUAAUAAUAGCUCCACUUCGUUCCAUUCCUCACAGUAUUCAUAAACAGUCUGAAUAUGAGAAACAUUAUUUCUGAAUUCCAGUUUAGCAACAAACCAGUCCAGCAAAACCCAUCAACUAAGUCUCCAUUCCCAUGUCUACCCCGUGUAGCAACCUAGUUCUAGUUACUCAAUUUCUUGUUUCCCAAAAGGAGCACUACCUUUUUUCGAAAAAGAAAACCCCCACAAAAUAUGUUUUAGUAUUUGCAAAUGUAUCCCAUUCUGCCAAGUUUUCUGCCAAUAAGAUAUUGUUUGUUAUAAAGAUGCUGUUCUCAAACAUCACAGGUGCAAUAAGUAGAAGUUGUCUUCUCAGUUUAUAAUACUUUUCUACCACUUCUAAUAUAUUUGAAUUAAAAAGUAAAACACAGUGGAUAGUGCACCUGUGGCCCUUCAAAUGCUGUUGGAUUGCCACUCCCGGCAUCCCUGACCAUGCUGUCUGUGGCUGAUGGGAGUUAGAAGUCCAAUAACAUCCAGAGGGCCACAGAUCCCCCAUCCUUGGAAUGCUUUCCAAGCCUUGUCUCCCCAGUCUAAGCAGGAGAGUUUUUUUAUAUUUAUAUCAGUGAUUUCAGGAACAGAUAAUCCUUCUACUUGCUCUGAUUUUAUCUGUAUUGAAUGUGAUGAGCAUUAAACACAUUUUUGCAAAUAAGUUCUUAACAUUGUUAUAAUGUUAUAAUGGUAUUCAUAUUUACCUAGAGUUACUAGGACUGCCCCACCUGACAUACCCAAGAAUUGCAGUUGCCAUCUUUGCAGUUGCAUUGCAUUGAUAUUUCAUAAUCAUUGCAAUUGCCUACAUCCUUAGAGCUCUUUCCUGUCUCUGUCUUUUCAAAUGAUAUGAUUCCAUCUGAUAAAAAAAGUUGUAGUCCAAAACUGCAUACUAUUUAAUUCUGUCUCAUGUCUCUUAUUCCAGGUCAUCCUGGAAAAAUAGCCUUUCUUUGUAUUAGCAGAGCCCUCCUAAAGCUAGUAUCAUCUUUUAUGUCAGUUUAAGAGAAUACUAUUUUAUUUCUUUAUAUCUAUAUCUAUAUCCAUAUCUUUAUAUCUAUAUAUAUGAAUGUAUGUUUUAUCCCCCCCCCCAAAAAUAUUCUUUUUAAGUUCCAUACUGUUUAGCCCUUGGGUUAUUCAAGGGUUGAUUACCACUUUUCCCGUGUUACUUCUGAGUGGAGGAUUUUGAGGGAAGUUUAAACCUGUUUUGUGUAUUAAAUAGGAAAAGGAUAACAUAUAUGUUACAUAACUUCUCUGUCUGUAGUACCUAGAUAUUUCUACCUGCCUAGAUAUACAUAUAUGCUAGGUGGGUAUUACCUUAAAUGAGAUGUUAGCAUGAAUGGUGGCUAGCCUACUUCCUGUUUCUCUGUGUUGUUAUAAGUCACACCACUGCAGUUGCUUACCUUCUUCAAAGUUGCUAAGUCUGAAAUGUUUCAGCAUCUAAAAGCUUCUAAUGUAUAGCUCUCCUUUCUUGUUGUAAAGAAAAGCUAAAUGUUGAAAUAUCAUGGUAUAAGCUGUGAGCACACUCAUCGCCUACAGCAAAGUGUUUCCAUGAGCCACACCUGGAGGGGGAAACCAGUCAGUGUAGAAUGACGAUGCUGAGCUACAUGGACCAAGAAUCUGACUUGGUAGAAAGCAGCUUCCUAACCAGAACACUCUCUAAAAGUACCUGAAGACGGAGAAACUCCAAGGCAGGACUCUCUGAAAUAUUCCCAGAAUAUUAUGUGUAUUCCCCAAGAAUGAGAGAGAACCUCACCACAGGAACUGGCAUACAUUAGAGAUGUCUACCUACCAACAUCUUCCUUCAGAUGUGGCACA